AUGACUCCUUCCUCUCCACCCGCCAUUUUCUUCCGCAGAAGUCCAGCCUUUCCAGCCGACGCUGUCUUCCAUAGAACCACCCAAGUUCAACUCUUCUACCCGCCACCGUCUUCAACAGAACCAACCAAGUCCAGCUCUUCCACCCGCCACUCUCUUACACAGAACCAACCAAGUCCAGCUCUUCCACCCGCCACUGUCUUCCACAGAACCAACCAAGUCCAACUCUUCCACCCGCCACUGUCUUACACAGAACCAACCAAGUCCAGCUCUUCCACCCGCCACUGUCUUCCACAGAACCAACCAAGUCCAGCUCUUCCACCCGCCACUGUCUUCCACAGAACCAACCAAGUCCAACUCUUCCACCCGCCACUGUCUUCCACAGAACCAACCAAGUCCAGCUCUUCCACCCGCCACUGUCUUCCACAGAACCAACCAAGUCCAGCUCUUCCACCCGCCACUGUCUUACACAGAACCAACCACGUCCAGCUCUUCCACCCGCCACUGUCUUACACAGAACCAACCAAGUCCAGCUCUUCCACCCGCCACUGUCUUACACAGAACCAACCAAGUCCAACUCUUCCACCCGCCACUGUCUUACACAGAACCAACCAUGUCCAACUUUUCCACCCGCCACUGUCUUACACAGAACCAACCAAGUCCAACUCUUCCACCCGCCACUGUCUUCCAAAGAAACAACCAAGUCCAGCUCUUCUACCCGCCACUGUCUUCAACAGAACCAACCAAGUCCAGCUCUUCCACCCGCCACUCUCUUACACAGAACCAACCAAGUCCAGCUCUUCCACCCGCCACUCUCUUCCACAGAACCAACCAAGUCCAGCUCUUCCACCCGCCACUGUCUUCCACAGAACCAACCAAGUCCAGCUCUUCCACCCGCCACUGUCUUACACAGAACCAACCAAGUCCAGUUCUUCCACCCGCCACUGUCUUACACAGAACCAACCAAGUCCAGCUCUUCCACCCGCCACUCUCUUACACAGAACCAACCAAGUCCAGCUCUUCCACCCGCCACUGUCUUCCACAGAACCAACCAAGUCCAGCUCUUCCACCCGCCACUCUCUUACACAGAACCAACCAAGUCCAGUUCUUCCACCCGCCACUGUCUUACAGAACCAACCAAGUCCAGCUCUUCCACCCGCAACUCUCUUACACAGAACCAACCAAGUCCAGCUCUUCCACCCGCCACUCUCUUACACAGAACCAACCAAGUCCAGCUCUUCCACCCGCCACUGUCUUCCACAGAACCAACCAAGUCCAGCUCUUUCACCCGCCACUGUCUUCCACAGAACCAACCAAGUCCAACUCUUCCACCCGCCACUGUCUUCCACAGAACCAACCAAGUCCAGCUCUUCAACCCGCCACUCUCUUACACAGAACCAACCAAGUCCAGCUCUUCCACCCGCCACUCUCUUACACAGAACCAACCAAGUCCAGCUCUUCCACCCGCCACUCUCUUACAAAGAACCAACCAAGUCCAGCUGUUCCACCCGCCACUGUCUUCCACAGAACCAACCAAGUCCAACUCUUCCACCCGCCACUGUCUUCCACAGAACCAACCAAGUCCAGCUCUUCCACCCGCCACUGUCUUCCACAGAACCAACCAAGUCCAGCUCUUCCACCCGCCACUGUCUUACACAGAACCAACCAAGUCCAACUCUUCCACCCGCCACUCUCUUACACAGAACCAACCAUGUCCAGCUCUUCCACCCGCCACUCUCUUACACAGAACCAACCAAGUCCAGCUCUUCCACCCGCCACUGUCUUACACAGAACCAACCAAGUCCAGCUCUUCCACCCGCCAUUGUCUUCCACAGAACCAACCAUGUCCAGCUCUUCCACCCGCCACUGUCUUCCACAGAACCAACCAAGUCCAGCUCUUCCACCCGCCACUGUCUUACACAGAACCAACCAUGUCCAGCUCUUCCACCCGCCACUCUCUUACACAGAACCAACCAAGGCAAGCUCUUCCACCCGCCACUGUCUUACACAGAACCAACCAAGUCCAGCUCUUCCACCCGCCACUCUCUUCCACAGAACCAACCAUGUCCAGCUCUUCCACCCGCCACUGUCUUCCACAGAACCAACCAUGUCCAGCUCUUCCACCCGCCACUGUCUUACACAGAACCAACCAUGUCCAGCUCUUCCACCCGCCACUCUCUUACACAGAACCAACCAAGGCAAGCUCUUCCACCCGCCACUGUCUUCCACAGAACCAACCAAGUCCAACUCUUCCACCCGCCACUGUCUUCCACAGAACCAACCAAGUCCAGCUCUUCCACCCGCCGCUCUCUUACACAGAACCAACCAAGUCCAGCUCUUCCACCCGCCACUCUCUUACACAGAACCAACCAAGUGUGUGGGUGUGGGGGGUUGGUGUUUGGAAACAACAACCGUUUUCUUAAGACACUUGGUGAAUGUGCGUGUUGUGGCCCUGAUGGAUUUAUGGUUAUUAUAACAAUGUUGGCAUUAAUAAGCUGCCAAUAUUUCUGGAUCAGCAAACACUCGGGUUGA